AUGGCUAAUGUAAAUGAACUGGCAACUACUUCAAUCAUGGAGGAUCAACCACCAAAGGGAAUACCAAAUGAUGGGACUGGUGUUAUUCAGCUUGAUCCAUGGCUCGAACCAUUCAGAGAUUCUCUGAAGCACCGAUAUUCAAAAGCACAACAGUGGAUUAAAACUAUCGACGAUACAGAAGGUGGCCUCGAGAAAUUUAGCAGAGGCACCGAGAAGUUUGGAUUCAACGUCGAUAAGAACAACAACAUUACAUACAGAGAAUGGGCGCCGAGUGCUAGUCAAGCAUUCUUGAUUGACGAUUGGAACCGCGAGUCUCAUCCUAUGAAAAAGGACCCAUUCGGAGUUUUCGAAAUUGUUUUACCAGCGAAAAAUGGUAAACCAGCCAUCGCACAUAAUUCUAAGAUCAAGAUCUCUAUGAUUACACCUAGCGGCGAACGAAUUGAACGACUUCCUGCAUGGAUCAAAUAUGUCACACAAGAUCUCUCCGUCUCCCCAGUUUACGACGCUCGGUUUUGGAAUCCACCUGCAUCCGAACGAUAUGUCUUUAAACAUCCCAGACCAAAGAAGCCAGAAAGUGUUAGGGUAUAUGAGGCACACGUUGGAAUAUCGUCCCCAGAACUACGAGUUUCUACAUACAAGGAGUUCACGAAGGACAUGCUACCAAGGAUACAUCAUUUGGGUUACAAUGUUAUUCAACUCAUGGCUAUCAUGGAGCAUGCAUAUUAUGCAAGUUUUGGUUACCAAAUCAACAGCUUCUUUGCUGCGAGCAGUCGGUAUGGUACACCGGACGAGCUGAGAGAGCUUAUAGAUACCGCACACGGGCUUGGUAUCACGGUUCUACUUGAUGUAGUUCACAGUCACGCUUCGAAGAAUGUGUUGGAUGGACUUAAUGAGUUUGAUGGAACAGACAGCUGUUAUUUCCAUGAAGGUCCAAAAGGAAAGCAUGAGCUCUGGGAUAGUAGACUUUUCAAUUAUGGAUCUCACGAAGUCUUGAGAUUUUUGCUAAGUAAUUUACGAUUUUGGAUGGAUGAAUACAACUUUGACGGAUUUCGAUUUGACGGUGUUACGAGCAUGCUUUAUACCCAUCAUGGUAUUGGGACGGGUUUCUCUGGAGGCUAUCAUGAGUACUUUGGUCCAUCUGUUGAUGAGGAUGGUGUUGUCUACCUCAUGCUUGCCAAUGAGAUGUUGCACCAACUUUACCCAGAGUCAAUAUCUAUUGCAGAAGAUGUAUCAGGAAUGCCUGCCUUGUGCUUACCAUUAGCACUUGGCGGUGUAGGAUUUGAUUACAGACUUGCCAUGGCCAUUCCCGAUAUGUGGAUCAAGAUUCUCAAGGAGAAGAAAGACGAUGAGUGGGAUCUCGGAAACAUCUGCUUUACUUUGACAAACAGACGCCAUGGUGAGAAGACUAUCGCAUACUGCGAGAGUCACGAUCAAGCCUUGGUUGGAGAUAAGUCCAUCAUGAUGCACCUCUGUGACGCAGAGAUGUACACAAAUAUGUCAAGGCUCACAGAGUUCACACCAAUCAUCGAGCGUGGAAUGGCAUUACACAAGAUGAUCCGCCUUUUGACUCAUGGUCUUGGAGGUGAAGGUUAUCUGAAUUUUGAGGGCAACGAAUUUGGUCAUCCGGAAUGGCUCGACUUCCCUCGCCAAGGCAAUGACAACAGCUUCUGGUAUGCUCGACGUCAAUUUAACCUUCCAGAUGAUGACCUUCUUCGCUACAAGGCAUUGAACGAGUUCGAUGCUCACAUGCAACAUCUCGAGGCAAAGUAUGGAUGGUUACAUAGUGACCAAGCUUACAUUAGUUUAAAGAAUGAGUCUGACAAGGUCAUUGUCUUUGAACGAGCUGGUUUGUUGUGGAUCUUCAAUUUCCAUCCAACACAAAGUUUUGCAGAUUACAGAGUCGGUGUCGAACAGGAGGGUACUUACAGAGUUGUCCUCAACACUGAUACCAAGGAUGUCGGAGGCUUCGAAAGAAUUGAUGCUGGAACACGCUUCUUCACAACACCUUUUGCAUGGAACAACAGGAAGAACUUUAUUCAAGUAUACAUUCCAACCCGCACCGCACUUGUGUUGGCACUCGAAUCUACGCUGUGA